AUGAUCAUGAACAAUGUCAAUGACAAUGAUGAAGAAAUUGGAUUUGAAUUGGCUGCCUUAGCCGUACGGCGUAUAGCCAUAGCCAAGGAAAAGGGAGCCAGAUACAGAUUAGGACCCGAGCUUGAAAUCACAGGUUAUGGGUGCAACGAUCAUUUCUAUGAAUCUGACACCAACCUGCACUCAUGGCAGAUCUUGGCCAAGCUUCUUGAAGCACCAGAGACUCAGGAUAUCAUAUGUGAUGUAGGCAUGCCAGUAAUGCACAAGAAUGUCCGCUACAACUGCCGAGUUAUUUUCCUCAACAAGAAAAUAAUCUUGAUCAAGCCUAAGACUGACAUGGCUAACAAUGGCAACUACAGAGAGCUUAGAUGGUUUACUGGAUGGGCUAAACUCAGGACCGUUGAACAGCAUUUCCUUCCACGUAUGAUCUCAGAUAUCACAGAUCAGACAACAGUCCCAAUAGGAGAUGCAGUGAUAGCCACAAGAGAUACAUGUAUCGGGACUGAAGUUUGCGAAGGACUCUGGACUGCAAACAGCCCCCAUAUAGCGAUGAGUCUAGAUGGUGUAGAGAUAGUCACUAACGGCAGUGGAAGUCUUCAUCACCUUAGGAAAGGCCACCGUCUUGUGGAUCUUAUAAAAAAUGCUACUCUCAAGUGUGGAGGGAUCUACAUGUAUUCCAACCUACGAGGCUGUGAUGGAGAGAGGGUUUACUACUACGGCGGCUCUAUGAUCGCUGUGAACGGUGAUGUCGUUGUCAGAGGAGAGGAGUUCGCACUUACUGAAGUUGAAGUAACAACAGCGACCCUUGACCUCGAGGAUGUGAGGUCAUACAGGGCCCAGGCAUCCAGCUCAUCCAUGGCUGCUACACGAUCAGAGGCUUUCCCUCGCAUUCAAGUGGACUUUUCACUUUCCAACGACCGAGACGCCGAAGCGACACCACCGGUUCGCGACCAAUUAAAGAUGUAUACGCCUGAAGAGGAAAUAGCCUUGUCUCCAGCCUGUUGGUUGUGGGAUUAUCUUCGGAGAAGUAAACAAGGUGGUUUUUUCAUUCCAUUGAGUGGCGGUAUUGAUAGCUCAUCAGUUGCUUGCAUUGUUUACUCCAUGUGUAGACUCGUUUGCCAAACUGUUUCUGAUGGAGAUGAGAAGGUGCUGGCGGAUGUGAGGUCGUUGACCCAUGACCCCGAGUACACGCCCACUGACCCCAGGGAACUUUGCAGUCGUCUCCUGGUGACCUGUUACAUGGGGACGGUCAAUUCUUCGAAGGAAACAAGGGAGAGGGCUGAGGACUUGGCACACCAGAUUGGAAGCCAUCAUAAGUCCAUCACCAUAGACGAUGCAGUGAAGGCAUCGGUUGGAAUCUUUGAGAAUGCGACAGGUACCCAACCUAAAUUCAAAGCACUUGGUGGAUCCCAGAGAGAAAACCUUGCUCUGCAAAAUAUUCAGGCAAGAACCCGGAUGGUCCUUUCGUACCUCUUUGCUCAGCUCUCUGUGUGGAGUUUAGAUAGACCAGGUGGUUUGCUGGUUCUGGGAACAGCUAAUGUUGAUGAGAGUUUGAGAGGAUACUAUACCAAGUAUGACUGUUCCAGUGCUGAUCUCAACCCAAUAGGAGGUAUUAGCAAGACUGAUCUCAGAAGCUUUAUCAUCUAUGCAAUGAAGACAUUCAAACUGCCUGCUUUACAAGGGAUAAUGGAUGCCCCGCCUACAGCUGAAUUAGAACCCUUAGAGGCAGGCAAGGUUUCACAAACAGAUGAGGUUGAUAUGGGUAUGUCAUACAAUGAGCUGUCAAUAUUUGGACGUCUUAGGAAGGUUAGCCUCUGUGGACCAUACAGUAUGUUUAUGAAGCUUGUUAAUGAAUGGAAGGAGUCUUGCUCACCAACACAAGUUGCUGAUAAGGUGAAGCACUUCUUCCGCUCCUACUCAAUCAACCGUCACAAGAUGACCACCUUGACACCGUCUUGCCAUGCCGAGUCCUACAGCCCGGAUGACAAUCGAUUUGAUCUUAGACAAUUCCUUUACAACGCAAGAUGGCCAUGGCAGUUCAAGUGCAUUGAUCAGGAGGCAGCUCGUCUUCAAGAAAAAGUAGAUGCCAAGGUCUCCUCCAGUGAUGUCACAGCACCAUUCACCAAUCAGAGCAAGCGUAAUGCCAAUCAUGUGACCACCAUCACCAGCGUAGCCACCAGACGACGCUCCAGUGACGACGCAGAGAAGCCCAUGGAUUGCGAAGCCCUGGAGAAGCAGACAGAUGUCAGCCCCCCACAGAGAAUGACCCGAAAGAGGUCAAGUGAGGUCACAGAAGGUGUCAGCCAAUCGAAGAGGGCCAGGUCACCAAACUCCAAUUCAAAUAACUCAAAUGAGGAUCAGUCAUCACCGUUGAAACGCAUGGGAAAUUGGAUAAGAGAGAGUAUUGGAACUGUGUGAAUCUGAUUGAGUAUUGAAUUCUUUUAGGCCCAAAUCCAAAAAGAAUUUUCAAACCUAAUGGCUUGGGACUGUACGAUCAGCAUUUUACGCAAUUUAUAUUCCGCAUCCUUCCCUGUUUAUGACAGUCAUGGAUUGGUAAUUUUUGCACAUAUCAGUUUCUCUAUGCACAUUUUACUAAAUCCACUCAAAUCAUGCUCACAGGGACCGUUUCAUGAAGGUUGUCAACACUGACAAGCUGUCGUGCAAUAAUUUCCAUAGCAACAGUCAGACUCCUGUGUUUCUCAUCCAAUCAGAAACGAGGAAAGCUGUCAGAUCUGAUAACUUUUCAAAGGGUAACCAUUUUGAUCCUUCCGUGUAAGCAAAAAAAGUCAAGAAGCAACCCAGUGAUCAGUGUGGCUACUUCAAUCCCUCUUCUUCUUAUGUUUUUAAAUAAUUUAAUACCCUUUUUUCUCUUUGCAAAAAUAAAUCCUGCAUGUGGCCUCUAAAUUACGCAAGAAAACAUGGAGGAUGACUUUGUGGAUAUUUUUUUUUUACAAUAAUACAAAAUGAUAUAUAAAUAUAUUGUUUGAAUAAAAAUACUUCAAAUGUAUAACUUCCUUUUUUUUUCAAAAACGUCCUGUGUUAUUGGAUGGAGGUGCCACAUUUAGGUGAAAGUUGUAUUUUAAUUUUGUUUUCUUGAUACCUGUUAGUUUAUAUGUUCAUUGCCAGAGAAAAGUUAUAUGAGAUAUUGAUACAAAUCUUUCGAAAGGUGCAAUAUUUGUGUUAUGCUCUUCAUUGUACAAAAGAGAUGAAUUAUAGAAUUGGACAAUGUUUGUUUUCAUUCUGAGUGAUAUUUGAGUGUUUGUAUACAAGUGAGGAGCAGCAUGACUUCUUAUUUUUGUGAUAUGUUGCAUGAAAGUUACGGCAUUUGUAAGGUUUUGUUAUUUAUGUUUUUAUCAUGUCUAUGGGGUGUUUCAUGUGCAACAAGAUUGCCUGACAUUGCAACCAUCUAUGGCAAGCCGUUCAUGAAAGAGUUUUAAAAUUAUUUUGUCGCAAAUCUGCAGUAUUUGCAAAUUUUGCAUGGUGGUAGAUGAAAAUGAGGAAUUGAUAAGAAAAUGAAACCAAAUUUUGAAACGUAAGAAAGGGAGAUAUAUAGCAACAUUUAUGAAUCUAAUAAUAUUACUAACAUUGGUAACAUAAUAGUAGUAUGAUGGUGGUGAUAACAGUAAUAAUGAUGAUGAUGGUCAUGAUAAUAAUGGUCAUGAUGAUGAUGAUGAUGAUGAUAAUGAUAAUAACAAGUGUGUUAGAUUUGCACAAUACAUUUUAUGAAUUUGUAUCCAUGUGUUUAGAUGAGCAUAUGCAAUGUUUACAUGUGUAUUUUUAUCAAAUUUAUCAUAUCGAUGAAUAGUGUAAAAUGCAAAUUAUAUAAUUCAAUGCUUUGGAGUCACAACACAAAAAUCCCACCACAGCAUCAGUGCAGCAAUGCAUUUUAGAAAAACAGAUUACUGCAUUAUUUUGUUGUAAAAUCACUCAGUAUAUCCAGUUGCAUUGCUGUAUUCAUUGAUAACAUGAAUCACGAUGCAAAAAUCAUUUAUAUUGUGAAAUGUAUUCAAAAUGAGAUAAGUGUGUGGAAACAAGUAUUCAGGUGAUCUGGUUUCCUGUAUAUAUUUUGCUGACAUUCAUUUAAUGAUUAAUCAUUUGCUUCACUGAGGUGAAGUUCUUGCAUGUAUGAUUUUUUUUAAUGAGAUAUCUUCACAAUAUAUUUCAAAUGAUACAAUUUCAAUAGUAUUUUUUUUUUCACAAAUUAUUUCUAUUUUCUUUUCUUGAAACUGUAAUGUGUGUGAUAUGAAAUGAUUCACAGAUUUUUUGUCACAUAUCCCUGAUUUUUUAAAUUUUUUACUGAGUUAUAUCUUCAAGGAUGGAAAAGGGCAUCUAUAUUUAAUGUAUUACUUUAAAUUUGCACUGUAGUUUAAUAUUCUAGUUUAAUAAUUUUGAUGUUCUUGAUAUCUAACUCCUAACAGUUUCCACUUCUGUGUAUUUCAUUGAAAUCAAAACCCAGGAUCAUUACAGUUGAUUACAACUUGUGAAUGUGAAAGUAAGUUACAAAUCUUGAAAACGAAUUAAUUUGCUCAAAUAUUGAUUUCUUCAGAAUAAUGAUGGUGGAUGAUAAAGUCAAGGCAAUCUACCACACUACAGCAAUAGCUCAUUCAAUAGGACUAGGGCAUCUCAUCGCGUGGUGUAUGAAGUGUAUCUGAUAUAUGAAGUAUAUCCCUAAAGUAACUUGUGUGUGUUUAACAUGCCAAAAAUCAGAUGAAAUAUAUUAGUCACUUGUGCCUUUAAUCAGCUUUUGAAGAUCUUAGUGUAUAUUUUGCAUUGUUUGGACAGAUUUUGUUUCUUUUAUUUUCCUGUUGCAUGUAAAUAUUCUUUUUUUAAAUAGCAGUAAACUUAAGAUAUGUAUUAUUGUAAAGCCAUUUGUUUAUUAUGAAUAUUCAUAUAAUUGAUAUAUGAUUUACAUGUACAUAGGCAUAUAUUAGAAGAGUAUUACACUACUUUGUAAAUUUCAUGAUGAAACUAAUUUUUUUUUUAUGCAACCCUCUAAUUAUGGUCACAGAUAAUAAAGAUUUGUGAAGGUGAUCUGCCACAAAUAUUAAUCAUA